CGUGCCAAGCUGCAUGGUAUGUACCAGUCUUCUCUCUUGUGUUGUCGUGUGUAUCCUCUCACAUGUGUUUUACUUGGUGUUUAAACAUCUCUUCUCGGACCUAAGGAGGUCUUUAAUGUGUUUGUGGUGGCAGGUGCAAAUUUCAUUCCCUGCUUGUAAGAAUGACUCGCCACUCAGUGGUGAACUGGCUGUGCCUUGGGACUCGAGCUGUCAGCCUGCUGUAUGGAAACCCAUUUCGCCCCCUCCACACUUCACUGUGCACCGCCUCAUCGCAGCCAAAAGCUGGAUUCAAACCGGAGAAAGUGGCCGUGGUUACAAAGACUACGAGAUAUGAGUUUGAACAGCAGCGGUAUCUCUACGCAGGACUCUCUGAAGAGGACUUGAAACAGCUGCUUGCUAUGAAGGGCUCCAGCUACAGCGGCCUGCUGGAAAGACACAACAUCCACACUAACAAUGUGGAACACGUUGUGAAAUGCCUGAGGACAGAAGGCAUUGAGGUACGAGUUGUAAAGAGAGGAGAAUAUGAUGAAGAAGUAGUUCGAUGGGCAGAUGCCAUUAUCUCUGCUGGAGGUGAUGGGACAAUGCUACUUGUUGCCAGUAAGGUUUUAAGCAAGGACAAACCAGUUGUUGGAGUUAACACAGACCCUGAGAGGUCAGAAGGUCAUCUGUGCCUGCCUGUGCGCUACACUCGGGCCUUCCCAGAGGCACUGGAGAAACUCUGUCGUGGUGAGUUCAGGUGGCUGUGGCGUCAGAGGAUCCGUGUGAACUUGGAGGGCACAGGAAUCAAUCCCACCCCCGUUGACCUGCACGAACAGCAGCUGAGCCUGGAGCAGCACAGCCAAGCUCACCGCAUCACCACCAUGGACAGCCAGCGGAGUACGACGCCAGCACCCAUCAUGUCGACGGGAACACUACAUGAGAGCUUCUCCAGGCCAAGUCUCCUCCCCGUCAGAGCCCUGAAUGAAAUCUUCAUCGGAGAAUCUCUGUCCUCCAGGGGGAAGUUAAACUCCUUCACACCCCAUGUUAACCUCUUGCUCCAUAGGGCUUCCUACUAUGAGAUCUCUGUGGAUGACGGCCCGUGGGAAAAGCAGAAGAACUCAGGACUCAGCAUUUGUACAGGAACAGGAUCCAAAGCCUGGUCAUAUAACAUCAACAAACUUACAGAACAAGCUGUGGAGGAGGUUCUAAAAAUCGGAAACUCUCAAACAGGUCUUGAUAUCCAACUUAAUCGUGACGUCAUUGAAAAGGUUACUGAUGAAUACAACGAGUCUCUGGUGUUCAGUCCGGAUGACAGACGGUUGUUCUACAGCAUCAGGGAGCCCAUCGUCAACCGAGUCUUCUCCAGCAGUCGGCAGAGAGGCUUCGCCAGCAAGGUGUCUGUCCGCUCGCGGUGUUGGGACGCCUGCAUGGUGGUCGACGGUGGGACUUCAUUCGAGUUCAACGAUGGUGCCAUCGCUACAAUCAGCAUGAGCGAGGAGGAUCAGCUCCGGACAGUCGAUCUGGAUAACUGAGACGAGUCCAGAGCACACGACACUCGACUGGUUUCUCUCAAAGCCAACUGUUCAAAGGGUUGUGGUCAAAGGGAAGUACCACUUCUUUUUAGCUUUUAGCCUCCCAAAAGAAAAAUUGUUAUACCUGAAAGAAGGUAUUAUUGUUACUAUUGUUUUAUUAAAUGUGUGCAUUUUUACAAAUUAAUUAUUUCCAAAUCAGUUUUUUUUUUUUUCUUUUGAAUUUUAUUCUCCAUCCCACCGUCCCCCAGGUUAGAACAGGUUAUAAUCCUCUGGGUUAAAAAUGGCUUUUGUAAAUACUGUGUCGAGCAACAUUUAAAGUGUUACUAUCUUUCACUGCAUCAAAUCAACAGAGUCUCUAAGCAGAGGAAAGAGAUAACAGAUCAGGUAUGAUUAUUAGGUAUAACAUAAAUAUAAUUCUGUUAAUAGAAAAUUUAAAUUCGUGUCUAUUUCAGAUUAUAUUAUGUGAUGUGCUCUCACACGGUGAAUGACUUUUAAAGGAUAAGAAUUAAGUUAUUCUGUAUUUCUUUUUUUCCUUGUCAACAAAUCCCAAUCAGUCAGACACCCACUACUCUCUGACUGUCACUCAGCCCUAAAUCCAUCUUACUGAAGACAUAAACCAGUGAAAACGGCUCACAAACAUCACACUUAAAGGUACUACAUGUAACUUUUAUAAAGUCCUUGUUAUUAAUGACACCGGGUGGUCGUUAAGUGAACUGCAGACAGCAUCCUGUUGCUCAUGUUUGCACUCUGAGCGAUCAUCCUGGGCAUCGGCCAAAACAGUGAUGUGACAUUACAAUCAUAUACCACCGUUACUAUCUGUAAUGUCCCAUCACCAUGACACUAACUAGUUUGCCAUUUGAAAAUUACUUCAUCAACUAACAUUACGAAGCAAAUCCGUCCCAAGUCCUUUACAUAGAAAUCAGUCCACAGGCUGUUAUAGGCAACCGAGAAAAUAGAUAUAAGCAAUAGAUAUGCUCUGAAUUUCGUAUAGAGCACCUUUAGAAAAAGGCUCUGUAGUUUCCUAAAACGGCUGCUCACUGUAGUUUUUAUCAAACGUCACUCAAACACGAGGAAAUUAUGCAUUUGUUGGGGACUAUUUUCAGCGGCGGAUUAAUCCACAUUUGGUGCUCUAGUGAGUUUUAGAACGGUGUAUGUGGGAUUGAGUCUAGAUAAACUAGAGUGUGUGUUGAUGGUGAUGAAGGAACACCCAGUGACACAGUGGUGUCUCACUGAUGUGUUUUUUUGAACGGAGCUCUAUGGUUCAGAGCAAGAAGACAUAUCACACACUUGUUAGUAGAUACUGUACAUUCAUAGUUGGUUUGGGUCUGCACGUGAGAUUUGUUGACAAUGAGAAAAAUUAUAAAAUAUCACCCAGACUUUCAGAAGUCUAAUUUGUGUUUUUUGUAUAAAGGUUUAUAUGGUGAACUGAAAGCACAGUGGCAGUUUGUUGACUAAAGAUAUUUUUGGAAACAUAGCUUAUAUUUUGUUCUAGCUGUUUGAGCCAUUUGGGCUUGGAGAGGAAAGAAUUAAGUGCACUAAAAAAAAACUCCAAGCUUAAAAGGGACAUUUUUCUCCAUGUUUUAGGUCAAAAGUCUUGUAGUUAUAACCUCUCACAAGACCAGAAAUAUAGCUUUGAAAGUGCUACUGAAACGGCAGUGUGUGCCGGAGGCAGACGUGCUUGAUUUUCAACAGCUUGACACUAAAUGCUUGAACAAUGCUGUAUCCGUAAUGAUUUUAAAUAUUUAAUACAAAUCUAACAGGUCUCCUGUAAACACUUGUAAUUUCAUUUGAUCAGGAAAACAUUGUUGGUGCACCUUAUAACACCUCCGUGCCCUGGACUCUGAACCAGGAGGUGUUCUUUGUGAGGACUAGUUUACAAAACCAUCAGGAUAUUGUAAGAUGCAGUGUGCCAAAGGAAGGGUUCCUCAUGAAUGUAAUGUGUCACUAUGUUUAAGAUGCAUAUUGUUUUUCAAUCAGAUAAAAGUGUUAUGAAAAAGAAA